UGGUGCGCGUUUGCACGUUCCUGCCUCCAGGGUUUGGCGGCCAACGAUCGAUAUCCUAGGUUAUCCUUCUCUCAAGCAAUGGAUUGAUUCGCGACACGGCGGCGGCAAUCGAUUGAUCGGCGAUGGAGCUAGGUAGUCUGGGCCAGGUUCUUGACCGGAUCGACAGGAUUUCCAGCGCGCCGCUGGGGAUGCUGUCCAAGCGCGAGUGCAUCCGGAGAUUUGUGGGAUUUUGCGAGCGGCUCCAGCCGAUUCUAGAGCAAUUGGAUGCUGGGCAGGACGUGGAAUUGCCAGUGACGAUGGCGACGGCGCUGGUUGGGAUUGGAAGGGAGCUCCAGAGGGCUGAGUCGGUUCUAGAGGCUUACAAGGAGAGGAGCCAGUUUUUCGUUCUCACGCAUUGCCUCGCGCUGACCAAGACCAUGGAAGACUUGACCCAGAGUCUUGGGAAGUGGAUCUCUUUACUAAAUUGUGGUGGAUUGUCGGAGCUUAAGCGGAGGAUAGAAGACCUUUCCACGGAGAUGCAACACGCUAGAUUCUACGUGACUGAUGCCGAGAAAAGCUCUCUUGACGCUCUAGAAAAGGAGGUCAAGUAUGACUUUCUCAUCGUGGGAGUUCUCUGGAGAGACCUCGCGCGGCUGAUUGGAGUAGAGCCGACAAAUUCUCGAGCAUUAGAAGAGCAAGUCCAGCUUUUGAAGAAGGAGGUGACGAUGGUCGAUGUCAGCAUGGAUCGAGAGCUUGAUCAGAUGCGGAACAUUCUCAAGAUCGUGGAGCAAGUUACUGCCGAGCCGCAGCUCACACGGAUGUAUAGCUACAAGGAGUCUGCUGAAGAGGAGCCUCUGCAACCGUUCGAGUCGUUCGUGUGUCCGCUGACGAAGCAGAUCAUGAAGGAUCCGGUUAUGAUCCAGUCGGAGCUGACUUACGAGCGCAGCGCGAUUGAGAGAUGGUUCAAAACCUGCGCUGAAGAGGGACGAUCCGUGACUUGCCCGGCCACUGGUGUGCUGCUGGCAUCCACGGAGAUGAGAAGCAACAUCAUGCUGAGGCAUACCAUCGAGGAAUGGUGCCAGAGGAACGCUAGGAUACGAAUUCACAAGGCGUUGUCUCAACUCUCGAAGAGCUCCUCCAUGAAGAGUUUGGCGGGUGUGGAGGAAGCCUUGGAUAGCAUUCUUAAGGUUUGUGGGGACGGGCCGGUGACUCAGUACAGGCUUGGAAAAUCUCACUUUACUUCCUCGGUGCUGGAAUUUUGGAGGAAGAGGGUGGCGGGUGGUUCACAAGUUCGAACGAAGGCGCUGUAUAUUUUGCAACGAAUUGCUGCUGACGACAUCGACAGUCAAGAGUGUUUGGUUGAAGCAGGAGUAUUGAAGGCCGCCGUGAGAAGCCUUUCGAGCAGCCACGUUUACGAGGUGGAGGGUGCUCUCAAGCUUUUGCUAGAGAUAUCAAAGAAGCCAGAGUUUGCAAAGCUGAUUGGCAAAGAGAAAGGAGCGCUCAUUCAUCUUCUCGGCAUUUCUUCGAACUCUUCGGGAAACGCUUCCCUAUCGGUCCUUGCGGACAGGACGUUAAGAAAUCUGGAACAAAUAGAUUCAAACGUUUGGGAGAUGGCUGAGGCUGGGCGGCUUGAGCCAUUGAUCACACGCCUUUGCAAAGGACCAGAAGCUACAAAGAUCGAAAUGGCCGAGUAUCUCGCAGAGAAGAUAUUUGUCAACAGCCAGAAAGAGUUUGUCGCCAGGAAAGCAGGAAAAGUUCUUGUUCAUAUGCUAUCAGCCAAUUCCAUGCAAAAAGAGGCGGCCAUAGGUGCGCUGCUGAACCUCUCAUCCCUGGAAGAGAACGUUCCAGUUCUAGUGAAAGCUGGCAUACUGCUCCCAGUGGUUGAAAUCAUCCUCUCAGUUCCAACUUCAUCGAAUCGCUUGCGAGGAAAUUCGAAGGAACAGGCUGCGACGACACUAGCCAACGUCGUCGCCGUCGCCGGCAGCUGGGAGACAGUGCAGAUCGACUCCGAAGGGAAUUUAGUCCAGUCGGAGUACUUUGUGCACAGACUCCUGGGGCUCUUGUCAUCGGUUGGGCCAGAUUGGAACAGCAAGCUCCUGAAAAUUCUUAUUGGAGUCGCUUCAUCACCACAAGCCGCAGAUAAUGCUGUCAAGCACGUCGUCACUGGAAACGGCAUCGCCAUUAUCCUCACUCUUCUCCAAACCAGCGAUGACGCGCAUCGGCAACAUCUUCUCAGCUUACUUAGUGUUCUUUCGGUCAGAGCCGGCAGAGAGAUAAGUCAAGCCAUCGCUGAAACCAGGCACCUCCAGAGCCUUAAAGAGAUAGUCAAGCUCAAGAACGCCGAGGAGAGCAUCUUUGCCGCGUCCAUCAUCGCCAACAUUCCUCUCACAGAGCACGAGACGAUCAACUUCCUCGGCCUGGAGAUGAUAAGCUGGAGUCUGGCCACUAUCGAAGAGCUCAAAACGCGAAGAAUGGGAUCAGCUCGCGUGACUUCAUCCAUGCUGGAGGCCCUGCUGGGAGUGCUUCUUCACUUUACUCGCUGCCGGGACUCUCAAGCGAUCGACGCGAUGAAGCAAAGCAAGCUCUUCUCGCAAUUCAAGCAGGUACUGCAGCUCCAUCAAGGCCGGGCUUGGGUGGCGAAGCAACGAGCAGCCACUGGACUCGGGUACUUGUCCGAGAGAGGCCUGAUUCUAUCCCCAGAGGUGAUGGCAAGCUCAAGCUUCAGGAGGAAAAACAACUGGAUGGACAACCUUUUCUCGUGCUUCUCCUCGAAGAACUCGUCGCUGGAUCAGGCCAUUCUCGCCGACUCGGUGUGUUCGAUCCACAAGAGACGGUGUGAUCCCGACGCCAACUUUUGCCUGCGAGAGGCCGGAGCCAUCGGCCUGCUCGUGGAGCUGCUCGAGGAGGACGAAGAGCAAGCCUCUGUCCAGAUCGCAGCGGUAGAAGCUCUCUCGACGCUGGUUAGCAGUGACAGCCUCGUGGAGGCCGGAGUCCGCGAGAUCUCGAGAGCGAGGGGAGUGGCGGCGUUCAUGAAGUGGUUCCAGACGCAGCGAUCCGGGGAAGCGCAGGAGAAGGGAGCGUUCCUGGUGGAGAGGAUCCUCCGGGUGGAAGAACACGCGCGGCUCUACUCGCUGGAUCAGGGGCUGAUCCGGGCGCUGGUGGAAGUUUUCAAGCAUGGGAGGAAUGGAGCUCGGAAGAACGCCGAGGCGGCGCUGGCUCACACCGAUAUGCUGUCGGUGGUCAGCGGGAAAUCUAGCAAAAAUCGCAGGUAACCACUUUUUAUGUUUUCUUCUAGAUGGAUGAUCUCUUUGUCUCGAGAUCUUAGUUUCUUCCAGGAUCAUGAGAUCUCUUCGUGUAAAUUCCUGUGGCUAUACGAUCAUACUAAGCUCUUUCAGAUGA